UAUCUGGAUGUUGAUUCCUACCAGAAAGUAGUAAGCAUGAUUGAGAUAUAAGGCAGACUUUAUAAAUCUGAUGCGUCUCGACUCGAUACGGUUCACUUUCCACGUCUACAAUAACGGCACGCUACCCGCCAGAAGUACACCGUGACCAUGUUUCCUGAUGCUGAAGAUCGAGGUCGGCGCGAAGAUGUGGAAAAGACGACCGCGCUCUCUCCGAUAGAGAGCGCCCGCGACGGGCAAGUCAUCGAGCAGCUCGGCACCAAGCGAGGCAUCAAGUCGCGCCAAGCCCAGAUGAUCGCCAUCGGGGGGAGCAUCGGGACGUCUCUUUUCAUCGCCAGCGGUCAGGCCCUCGCUAUAGGGGGGCCCGCGCUUCUCCUUGCGGCGUACGUAAUAAUGUCUCUCAUGGUAUACGGUAUUGUUACGGCAGUCGUCGAGGUUGGCACCCAUCUGCCGGUUUCCGGGGCCUCGAUGUCGAUGCACUGCGGCCGGUACGUGUCGAAAUCUCUAGGCGUCGCGCUCGGUUACCUCUAUUUCUACUCGUUCGGUAUCCUCGCAGCCUACGAGAUUACUGCCGGGACGAUCCUCAUCGAUUAUUGGCCGAACGACGUGAACGUAGCCGUUUGGAUCACGAUAGCCAUGGUAGUUAUCAUCGGACUCAACCUUUGUCCCGUCCACGUCUAUGCCGAGACGGAAUUCUACUUCGCCGGCAUCAAGGUCAUCAUGAUAGUAGGGCUGCUAAUCUUGUCCCUCGUCUUGAUGCUCGGCGGAGGACCUUCGCACGACCGUCUCGGUUUCCGUUACUGGUCUGAUCCGGGAGCGGCCAACGCGUACAUCGAGACGGGAGCGCGCGGUCGGUUCAUUGCCUUCAUCUACGUCUGGAUUCUUUCGGGCUUCUCCUUUUACUUCGCUCCCGAACUAAUUAUUGUUACUUCCGGGGAGAUGAAGAACCCGCGCAAGAACCUUCCGGUCGCGUCUCGCCAGUUCUUUUACCGGCUAAUCUUCUUCUACAUCCUCGGCUCCAUCGCGAUAGGGGCUAUUUGCGCUUCGAACUCGUCCGGGCUUGUCUCCGGGGCCGGUAACGCGAACGCGUCGCCUUGGGUCAUCGCCAUUCGCAACGCCGGCAUCGAGGUGCUCCCUUCCGUCGUCAACGCGGGCGUCCUCUCUAGCGCCAUCUCCGCCGGAAAUUCGUAUCUCUUCAUGUCGGGUCGUUCGCUGUAUUCCCUGGCGGUCUCCGGAGACGCGCCCCGGAUAUUUACGCGAUGCAACCGCUGGGGCGUGCCGAUAUACGCCGUCAUCGCAUCUAGCCUCUUCGUACCGUUAGCCUACAUGGUCUGCAACUCGGGUGCGGGAGUAGCGUUCAACUGGUUCAUAAGCAUCACGAACACCGCGGGAUACACAUCCUGGAUUCUCUGCUGUGUCACUUUCCUGAGAUUUCGCAAGGCAUGCAACGCUCAAGGCUUGGCGUCGCCUUUCAGAUCGCGAACUCAGCCUUUCGCUGCUUGGAUCUGCUUGAUCCUCUUCGCGGCUUUGCUAUUACUUAACGGUUUUACUGUAUUCUUCCCCGGGAAGUGGUCUAUCAGCGGAUUCUUGACGGCGUACAUCGGAAUUCCCAUCUUCUUGGCCAUUUGGCUUGGGCACAAGUUUACCGUCGGCAAGAACGAUCCUUGGAUUUACAACUCUCAUGACGUUGAUUUGACUACGGGCUUAAGCGUGGUGGAAGCGGAUAUGCCAGAAGGCCCAGAGGAUGAGGUGGGCACGUUAACGAGAGUUAGUUUCUUCAGGGCAUUCAAGAAUCGGUUCACCUCGCGAUCAUGACUGGGUGGACCUUGAAUAUAUCAGGCGCUGUCAUUAUUUAGAGUCAUAUACAGGCCUAAGUGAGAUAGAAAUAACUUGUCGAUAGGCCGCAAUACUAAAUCCUACCAUAUGAUCAAAUCUCGCAGGCUCAAUAGUGUUGCCAGUCCAGGCAGCCCAGGUUUAUAUUCAGCAGGGAUCUAUGUUGGUUAUGAUUACCAAGUUUAGUUGUCAAAUAUGAUUUUCAAAAUAUUAC